UUGCCCGAGUAGCCAGAGUGCUACAGGUAGUUUUUGUUCUCAAUAUUAACUGGUAUUGUUUUCGAAUCUGUCGUCAGGUAUGAGUAGUGGUCUGGGGCUAGCUAGUAUUAAGGCGAGUUCUAGCCUGGGUGCUCUGGUACUGACUGGUGGUGGUUUAGGUGGUUGCCGGGGCGUUGCCGAGGCGGGUGCUGAGGUUAAAUCGACGUGUUCGGACAGGCCAAUCAGCAACUGGAGAACAAAGGAACCAACCAAUCCGACCAGAGCACGACUUGGGCAGACCACAAUCCAGGCAUCCAGGAAUCCGAGGGCCCUUUGCUCUCCUCGCCACCCUUCUUCUCUCCACCUGAGCAAGGCAAAGAUCUCUAAGAGGGCUCCCGACUGGGAGGCUACAGCUGUGAUUAACGGAGAGUUCAAACAGCUCCGUUUGUCUGACUACAAAGGGAGAUACCUCGUCCUCCUCUUCUACCCACUAGACUUCACGUUUGUCUGUCCCACAGAGGUGAAAGCCUUCAGUGAGCGCGUGCAGCAAUUCAGGGAAAUAGGAGUCGAGGUGGUUGCUUGCUCUGUGGACUCACACUUCUCACACCUGGCCUGGAUAAACUUGUCCAGGAAACAGGGCGGUCUUGGACCAAUGAACAUCCCUCUCCUCUCUGACCUCACACAUCAGAUCGCCAAGGACUACGGAGUGUACCUGGAGGACCUGGGACACUCACUGAGGGGCCUCUUCAUCAUCGAUGGCCGCGGGGUCCUGAGGCAGGUGACCCUGAAUGACCUGCCAGUCGGACGCUCUGUGGACGAGACCCUGCGCCUGGUCCAGGCCCUGCAGCACACUGACAGACACGGGGCAGUGUGUCCCGCUGGCUGGAAACCAGGUGAUGACACGAUCAAUCCUGAGGAAGCUUUGAGAGCCCGAUGGCCCAAGCAGGAACUGUGAGUUAAGCACUAAAAUGGUUCAGUAAAUCCCUUCCUCAUCAUGGUUCAUUUCCAUCUCCUGCCACUACCUCCAAAGACCACAAGGUGGCAGUAUUUCCAUUGGAAUUUGUUUACAACCAAAGGAAUGUUCUAUUCACCUUAUCAUAUGCCGCAUCUUUACAAUUAGUGCCAGAUCAUUUGAGACUGAUGGAGCUAUUGAGCUAAUCAAACUACACACAAUGGUUCUGUGAUUUCCAGUAUUGCUUUUCCUUGUCUAUGGAUGUUACUCAUUUCUCAAAUAAAGCUGUUAACACUGUUAACAUCAAAUUAGUUUAUUUAUCAGAUGGCAAACAUACAAGUGGUUUGUGUGGAGAGAAUUCUGUCCAAUGAAUGUGAUGAAACACACUGUUGAUUUAAACUAUUUAUUUAUACUAAGAUAAAUAAUACAAUACUAUUUAUUGCAGUUCACCAAUAAUAGCAUGAAUAAAUCCCUCAGAAUGUAUCUCCCCAUCAACAUUUACAUACAGAUGCAUGAGUAUAUAAAAUGUAAGAAAAAAAUACUUUAAAAGUGCAUUUAAAAAAAUGUAACCGCAAAACGUCCAGGUAACUGCUAAAUAUAUGUGCAUAUAAAGCUAAGACGUGGAAGAAAUGAUAUACAGUAUACUGUAGUAAUAUAUACUGUAGACAGUAAAA